CUGAUCAUCAGUGUAACAACAGUGGAGGGAAAUUAACUUAAAGUCGUGCCCCCCACCCCGCACCCCGACAGCUCCAGCCCUUGGGAACCUCCACUAGGUGUCCGCACCAGCAGCAGGGCUCAACCGAGAAAUGGAGCCAACUGAAAGCACCGAACGGGUUAAUGUAAUCCCUAGUUGGGAGUGGGCGGAGAUUCCAGCUGGAACGCCAACCGGGCCAAACCUAGUAAGCAACACGAAUGUGCGAGAGAAAAUCACUGCUGGAGUUGUGUAUGUGUUCAUCUGCUGGGCCUUUCUGUUCCCUCUUCCAGCUCACACUAGAACACAUUCUGACCCGACCCGACCCAGAAGUGCCAUGAGAUCGAUGGAGAAGUUUUGGACUUGCUGUCAGCUAUUGGUGAGGUCAAGACCUGGAGGGCUGUAGAGGCGUCAGAGAGAGAGAGAGAGAGAGAGAGAGACUCCCGGCGGACUGUAGCUGAAGAAGCGGAUCAGCAGGACUGUGUGGAGCGCUCGCUGUGUGCAGACUGUGAAACAAUGGAGAACUGUCUCUGCGUUUCCACGGAUCCUUCAUUAUGAGCCCACUCUGAGCGCUUCAGUGGAGCCGACAUGGUCUAAGCGCACUUUACCGCUGUGGUUUGCGCAGAUCCGACGGGACUACAUCCAAUGAGAGCUCUGGCGGUAAAGGAACACAUCGGUGUCAACUGCGAAUAGAGAUACAAAUAUUUCCCAGAGCGUUGAUAAACACGCUGAGUGGCACCAUGUGGAGCCCGGGGACUCGGAUGUGGCGAGCGGCGCUGUGCUGCAUGCUUCUGCACACAGUUGUGCACACUGCUGGAGGUCUCAACAUGUGUAUGAGUGGCAGCGCUACGUCGUGUGAAGAAUGCCUCCUCAUUCACCCCAGUUGCGCCUGGUGCGCACAAGAGGAUUUUGGUAGAGGGCGGACGCUGACGUCACGGUGCGAUUUUAGUCAAAACUUGCAGAAGAGGGGCUGCGAUUCACGGUUCAUUGAGGACCCCCACAGCAGCAUUUCUGUCCUAACGAACAUGCCCCUGAGUUCUAAAGGGUCCGGUUCAACCCAGUACGAUGUUAUCCAGAUCUCGCCUCAGAACAUCUCUCUCAGCCUGCGGCCAGGAGACCAGACGUGGUUUGGGGUGCAGGUGCGGCAGGUGGAGGACUACCCGGUGGAUCUCUACUACCUGAUGGACCUCUCUCUUUCCAUGAAAGACGAUCUGGACACCAUCCGGAACUUAGGCACCAAGCUGGCCCUGGAGAUGGGCAAGCUCACCAGCAACUUCAGGCUGGGCUUUGGUUCCUUUGUGGACAAAAACAUGUCCCCUUUCUCUUACACAGCACCCAAGUACCAGGAGAAUCCGUGCAGUGGAUACAAGCUGUUCCCCAACUGCGUCCCCACCUUCGGUUUCCGCCACAUCCUCUCACUGACGGAUAAAGUGGACCGCUUUAACGAGGAGGUCCAGAAGCAGAUGGUAUCUCGCAACCGGGACGCACCGGAGGGCGGAUUCGACGCCAUCCUGCAGGCUGCUGUUUGUAAGGAGGAGAUAGGUUGGAGAAAGGAGGCCUACCACCUGCUGGUGUUCGCCACGGACGAUGUACCUCACCUUGCUCUGGACGGCAGGCUGGGAGGCCUUGUGCAGCCCCACGAUGGACGGUGUCACCUCAACGACCAGAAUGAGUACAGCGCCUCCACAAAGAUGGACUAUCCCUCACUGGCUCUUCUCGGAGAGAAACUGGCGGAAAAUAACAUCUUUCUCAUCUUUGCAGUGACGAAACGGCUGUACGUUAUUUAUAAGAAUUUUACUGCACUCAUACCUGGAACUACAGUAGAAAUCCUGGACCAGGACUCUAAGAAUGUCAUUCAGCUGAUCAUCACAGCUUACAAUAACAUCCGUUCUAAAGUGGAGCUGUCUGUGUGGGAUCACCCAGAGGACAUCAGCCUUUCCUUCACCGCCACCUGCCAGGAUGGAAAGCCGCUGCCGGGCCUCAGGAAGUGUGCCGACUUGAAGAUAGGAGACACAGUGUCGUUCAACGUGAGCGUGGAGGCGAGGGGCUGCCCUCCCCGUGGCACCGACCAGAGAUUCACCAUCAAGCCAGUUGGGUUCAAAGACCGCCUGGAGGUGCUUGUGGAUUACCAGUGUGACUGCGGCUGUAGCCGGACGGCGCAGACCAACAGCAGCAUCUGCAGCUCCAUAGGCACUUAUAACUGUGGGACCUGUCACUGCGAGCCGGGCUACCUAGGUGCCCGCUGCGAGUGCCAGGAGGGCGAGGCCAGCAGCAUGUACCUGAGUGCCUGCCGGGAGGCCGAGGGCAAGCAGAUCUGCAGCGGGCGAGGAGAGUGCAGCUGCAACCAGUGUCUGUGCUACGAGUCUGAGUUUGGCAAGAUUUACGGUAGCUUCUGCGAGUGUGAUGACUUCUCCUGCGCCCGACACAAAGGCAUCCUCUGCUCAGGUCAUGGAGAGUGUCACUGCGGGGAGUGUAAAUGCCAUGCCGGUUACAUCGGCGACAACUGCAACUGCUCCACCGAGACGUCGUCGUGCAUUUCGGACGACGGGAAGAUGUGCAGCGGGCGAGGCAACUGUGUGUGUGGCCGCUGUCAGUGCACUGAGCCAGGGGCCUUCGGGGAUACUUGUGAAAAGUGCCCCACCUGCCCUGAUGCUUGUGGCACUAAAAGGGAGUGCAUCGAGUGCCGGCUUUUCAACUCAGGACGCCUCGCAGACAACCAGACCUGCCAGCGCCUGUGCAAGGAUGAAAUCAUCACCGUGGAGACCCUCAGAACGGAGGACCCCAGCGCUGUGCUUUGUCUCUACAAGACAGACCACGAUUGUGUCAUGAAGUUCACGUAUUCUGAGCACGCCAGCGGACAAUCCAUCCUCACAGCUCUAAAAGAGCCAGAGUGUGGUGGUGGGCCAGACGCUCUGAUGGUGCUGCUGGCAGUGGUGGGAAGCAUCCUGCUGGUUGGAGUGGUGCUGCUCGCCGUCUGGAAGUUGGUCAUCACCAUUCACGACCGACGAGAGUUCUCACGCUUCCAGAACGCACGCUCGCGAGCCCGAUACGAGAUGGCCUCCAACCCUCUGUACAAGCAGCCCGUCACUACACAUCUUGUUGAAACAGAUUUCAGCAUGUACGAGAAGUCCUACAACGGGGGGGUCCACUGAUCCCUCAGCACAGGGCUCGGCAGGACCGGUCCGACAAACAGAUCCCUGGAGGACAGGUGGGGAGAGGGUGCCGAGAUGGACAGCGGACUGAACACAAGCUCAUCCCUCUGCACGCUUCACAACUGACAAACAGAAGUGAAAUGAACUAGACUGUGUCCGAGGGGGGGGGGGGUCUGUGGUCUUUUUAUCUUUACGGAGGAGAUUCAAGCCUACCACAGAAACCUGAUGUGACUUUUUGUUUUUUCUUCACCUGUGUGUGUCACUGACAGCAGCGGCAGUCGGUGGAACCAAGCAUGAACUCCUUGGUCUUGUUUAGAGAGAGAAAGAGAGAGUAGAGUUAGCGGUGAGUUUGUCUGCAGUUACACAAGAUAAACAAACUCUCAUGAAAACCAUAACUCCCACCACAUAAAUCCCACAGUCACUCUUUGUACAGAGCAGGCAGGACAUUGGCUUAUAUUUGUAUAUUUUUAUAAACACAAAAAGAAAAUGCCUUUUUUAGUAUAAACUAUGCACCCAACAGGACUCUGAAGCAUUAGCAUAUCACUCCGCAGUAGAUCAUUUCAGAUUCACAGGAUUAUUAGAAAGCACAUGUUUCUGCUAUGAUGACGUUGAUGGUACUACUAACAUUUACUAAGCAAUAGACUUCUUACCUUCGUUUUGCACAGAGAAUAUUAAGUGUCAAGUCUCGUAAAGAUUGAAAUUUUCUUUUGUGUUGUGUGUGUACGUGUGUGUGUGUGUUAUUGUAUGCUCCAAUUGCACUCCCUUCUCUUAAUCUGAAUUGCAGGGUGCCAAUUUACCCCCCCCCCAGUCUAUGAACCCUGAGAGGAUACAGCUUACAUUUGUUGUUUUGUUAGCAAAUCAAAGACCAAAACCAACAGCGUGGUAGAGAUCUGUAGGAGCCAAGCAUACUCCUAAUGAAGACAGAAAUCUUUAAAAUGUGUCAAAAAUAAAAGAGGCACAGCCAUUUCGGCUGAGCACUGUGGGUUUUAGCAAACAUUACUUAAAGCAGCAAAAAGGAGCUCAUUCUGUGAUGAUUCUGGUGGCCCCUGUGGACAAAAGCUGUCCUCUUUCUACUGCUUUGUUUUAAUGAUUUCAAGGGGAAUCUUAGCUGGCAGGCAUUAACAAUAACUCUAUAGACAUAGCCAGUCUUCUCCCUGAUGGUCCUUUUGUUUGUGUAGGUCAUAUAGAGGCAUCAGUAUUAAACUGAAACUGUUUCAUUACCAGUUGUAGUCCUUGUAGUACGUUUAUGUAAGAGGAAUCACUGAGUUUGUUGGGGACUAUUUUUAGCAGUGGAUUAAUACACGUUCUAGGAGUUCUAGUGAGUAUUUACAGUAAUCUUUUCUUUUUCUCUUUUCUCCAAAACAUCAAAUAUUCUCUAGUUCCAGUUUCAGGAGUCAGCGCAAGAAUUUGCUGAUUUUCCCAGUUUUCUGUCAUCAUAAAAUGAAUAUCUGACAAUCUAAAGAUGUCAUCUUGGGCAUUAGGAUAUUGUGGAAUCGAUUUUUAAAGCUAUUUUCAGACAUUUGUUGACCAAAUUAAUCAAGAAAAUAAGUAGAUUAAUCUGUAAGGAAAAUAAUGGUUAGUUGCAGUAACAUGAAGUUUGUGGACAGUGGAGCUCUGACACAGCGGAGUGAGAAAUAUCAUGAUUUGGAUACACACACGCACACACAAUACUUGUAGGUGGAUCUGUUCUUUGUUGGUUUUGGUCUUUUGCUUUGAUUUGUUGACAGUAAGAAAAAUCUGAAUCAUCACCAGCCUCUGAACCCUUAAGACCUCACAAUCAGAGACCACUUCAUAUGAUAAAUACUGUAUAUCCAGCACUGUGGUAACUGCCUUAAAGCAUUCUCAUGUGAUCAAGUACAUUUGUUACAUUUGUGAUCAGUGGAAAUGCAGAGUGGGUCACAGGUCUGACUUGGAAUACAGACAGUGCUUUGAGUACAUGUGGAUUUAGGCACACAAUAUGACUGGCUGCUGUGUCCACCCAGCCUGCAUCGGGAGUGGGUGGAAACUUUGAGACACCUCAAAGGAUAGUGUCCAGAAUCAUAAAUCUGCCAUCCCUGUUCCAACAGGAAGAGGCGCAGUCUCAACUGUCACAGGGAAUCUGACAGUGAGAAAUGCUAGAGGGGUCAAGCCUGGACGAGAAAGAAGGGUGCUCUGUGGCCUUUGGUGUGAUGGUCAUACAGUAAAAAUGGCAGGGACUUGGAGUUUGUAUGUGUAAGAGUGUAUUUGAGUGAAAAGAGUGUAUGUAAAUAAUAUUACAUGGGUAUGUAUGUACAUACAGUGCCAAAUGAAAUGAACAUGUUUCCAGUUGAAGAGUUUUUGACUUGGCUUGGCUGUGUCUCGGCACAGUUUACUAAAACUCUCCCACACACACUUUUUUCAGCUCAGACAUAAAUCUUUAAUAUAAAGUUCUUCCUGUACAGUUGUGAACAUUUUCACAUGGUUGAACAGUCCACAAAUGGACUCACACCACUACAUGUUUAUGUAAUACAGCACACAGAGCAAGAACAAUAAAUUUGCUUAUGUCAAAA